GAAGGUUCAAAGCAGCAGCACUCUUUGCGACGGCCUCUGUGAGUUGGUCGUGAUCGUCCGCAGCCUCCUCGAAUCGAAGCAAAACAACAAGAUAAGCACGAGCUUUCCGAAGCCGACGCAGCCUCCAAUCUACCCCGUCAAUAUCCAUCCGACCCGUCCUCGUAAUCCAGCCUUUCCUCGGUCGCUUUCUCCACCGGGGAUCCGUCGGUAUUAUAAAUUCAGCGCCGAGCGCCUCCUCCUGCUCCUCCCAGUUUUUCACGAACUACAACCCAAACCCAAGAAAGAAAAGAAGACCACCAUUAUAUACGGCUCACGGGACAACGCCCCCGAAGAAGUUUAUCAGCGACCUUCUUUUCCUGCCCCUCGCUUGCUGUCGAUCGCCGUUCCUGUGUGGACGUUCCUGUGUGGAGUCCUGAUAGCGGAACCUCGCAUUUACGAUUCUCUUGGUUGAGGUUCUCGGACCCCGGUUGGAUCAUGGUGGCGGCGGUCGACGAGGCGGCGGAGAAGGUGGUAGCGCAGCUCCGGGAGGAGUGCGCGACCCCGGCGACGCGGCUGGAUGGCGUGGCGACGGCCAUGGAGGAGGAGAUGAGGGCUGGGCUGCACGAGGAGGGCAGCAGCAAGAUCAAGAUGAUUAUCUCCUACGUCGACAACCUCCCCAACGGGAGUGAAGAAGGCUUGUUCUACGCACUGGACCUUGGAGGAACAAAUUUCCGCGUGCUUCGUGUGCAGCUUGCUGGCAAGGACAAGCGCGUCGUCAAGCAUGAAUCCAGGGAGGUCUCUAUUCCUCCUCAUCUCAUGUCAGGCAGUGCUGCGGAGUUGUUUGGCUUCAUCGCGUCCGCGCUAGCCAAGUUUGUUGCGGACGAAGGACAUAACAAAGUGUUGGACGGCAAGCAGAGGGAGCUGGGCUUCACCUUCUCUUUCCCUGUGAGGCAGUCGUCCAUCGCGUCGGGCACUCUGAUCAAGUGGACAAAGGCGUUUGCCGUCGAUGACGCGGUCGGUGAAGAUGUAGUCGCGGAAUUGCAGACUGCCAUGGAGAAGCAAGGUGUCGACAUGCGCGUGUCUGCGUUGAUAAACGACACCGUAGGGACACUGGCUGCGGGCAGCUAUAACGAUGAAGAUGUUGUCAUCGGUGUGAUAUUAGGUACUGGCUCAAAUGCCGCAUAUGUAGAAAAGGCAAAUGCCAUACCCAAGUUGGAAGGAGAGUUACCAAAAUCAGGAAAUAUGGUUAUAAAUACCGAAUGGGGUAACUUCUCUUCUUCAUGCCUUCCAAUCACAGAAUAUGAUCAAGCAUUAGACAAGGAGAGCCUAAAUCCUAGAGAGCAGAUCUUUGAAAAGUUAAUUUCUGGAAUGUAUCUUGGCGACAUUGUGAGGCGAGUGCUUCUUAAAAUCGCCUCACAGUCUUCGAUUUUUGGUCCCAUCAAGCACACCAGGCUCAAAACUCGCUUGAUUCUGAGGACUCCUGAUAUUUCCGCGAUGCACCAUGAUGAAACCCCUGAUCUGAGGAUUGUAGCCGAAACACUGGCAGAAACCCUGAAGAUCAAAGACACGUCCUUGGAGACUCGGAAGAUGGUCGUUGAAAUCUGCGACAUUGUGACCAGUAGGUCUGCCCGGCUGGCUGCAGCUGGGAUUGUGGGGAUAAUCAGGAAGAUUGGUAGGGGCACACCAGGCGACAAAAGGAAGACAGUCAUCGCCAUCGACGGCGGGCUGUUUGAGCAUUACGCCAAGUUCCGGCAGUGCCUGGAGAGCACGCUGGUGGAGCUGCUUGGCGAGGAGGCGUCGGAGUUUGUCGCGGUCAAGCUCACAAAGGAUGGUUCGGGCCUCGGAGCUGCCCUGAUUGCGGCUGCUCACUCUCAGUACCUCAACUGAUCAAGUUCGAGGUUUUCUCAGACAGUGACUGUUGUUAUUUGACUGUAAUGUUCUACUGUUCUUUGUACAUUUCAAAGAAGCUUGAUGUGCCUCUGUCAAACUAAUGUUCAAUCAGAAUGGGCCUGAUAUGUUUGCUGUUGCAAGCUGGAGUGUCUUCAGUUCGUAACUGAAGCACUGUGGUGUUGACUUUCCAGAAGUGGAAGACCUUGUGUAGCCGAUUUUAAAAUAGAUGGGAAACGGUUUCAUUGCCACCGGAUAA